AUGGCCGACCAUCUCCAACGUCGUCUGCUCCAGGACAUCGCCGAGUUCCAGCAGCAGCCAUAUCCACGCCUCACCCUCCACACGAGGGACGACGACCUGCGCCAUGUCUGUCUUGUCCUCCAACCCGAGGGAUGGAUACCCAUGCACACCACCGUCAAGUUCAACGACCGCUAUCCCCUCUUCGCCCCGCAAAUCAAGAUGGACUCGUCCGUGGAUCACCCCAACGUGUUCGGCGACUACAUCUGCGCGUCCAUCCUCAACACGGACGAAGGGUACACGCCGGCCUACACCCUCAAGGGCAUCGCGAUCCAGAUGCUGAGCUUCUUCAACAGCGAGUCCAUCGAGCAGGCUCACUCUGAUUUCAACGAGAACCUCGACGUGUAUCGACAACGGAGUCUGCGGUGCAGGCAACUAUUUUCCUGCCCCCAUUGCGGUUUCGAUGGCACCAAGACCAAGGCUGACUCUAGGCGAGCCCGCCGGCAUGCGCUGAAGGCCGCAUCGCCAUCAGCACAGGCCGCACCUGUCGAUCAAAAGAAGGAGCAGGCAUUCGCCUUUGCAAGACUUCCGGACGAGGUCCUGCUCGAGACGCUCGAGAGCCUCGACUUUGUCGACCUCAUCACAUUUUCUCAGGCCUGGCCGAGGAUCGCAGAGCUUAUUCGCAGGUACGACGUCAUCCGGCUGCGAGAGCUCCAGUGCUUCGUGACCAAGACCAACUUCCGCAGCACGAAGCUCGUCGUAGGGGUCUUGGUGGACUCGGUCAGGCGGUCCAUCGAGUCCGAGUUCGACCUCGUCUCCCUGGCCGCGUACAAUGAUCUCGGGGUCCGUCUCUCCGUCCACAACAUCAGGUUCGAGCAUUGGCUGCCGCUGCCUCUCUCGCGCCGCCACUGGCGGUCGGUCGAGGGACACGUCGCGCCGGUGCUGCGCCGCCUGGCCGGCGAAAUCAGGUUGCCCAGCAUUUCGGCGGUGGGCGUCCUGGCCGCCUUCAUGAACGACAUUGUCGUGCGGCUCAACCGGGUCGAGGCACGCAAGCCGCCCUGCAGAACGUUAUGGCACGUCGUCAGCGACCGUGACAACGCCGCGUACAAAAGCACGCUGCGCCACGCGUCGGAAAAGGCGAUCGAGUCGUACUUCCACCUCUUCCACCUGCUGCUCUGCCUCGCGACGGCGAACGCGCAGCUCGUCGCGGACGCAAACAACAAGAUCCGGAAGUUCAUGAGCGGCAAGACGUCCAAGGUGUCCUGCCCGAACCUCGGCCAUCUCCUCGUCUACCUGCUCAUCAGCGACGUGGAGAUGACGGAGGCGAUGAGGAAGGCCAUUAUCACAGAGGCCAUCACACGGAACGUGGUCUGGAUGCUUGACAGGAGAGGCGCCAACAUGCCGGAGCUCAGCUACCUCGAGCCGGACAAGGUGUCGGGGUACCGCCUGAAGAAGACGUUCGAGGCCAACCGCACUUCGUACAGGCUCCUCAUGUUCUCCGAGCUCUUCCGGCGCAUCGCGAGGCCCUCUGCCGACACGUCGCUGGGGCAGCUCCGGGACGAGCUCUUUGACCGCCACGGGGCGCCCCCUCCCGGCGCCGCUCUCCGGCUGUCCUCGGAGGUCCGCCGGCUCCACGACGUCGACAACUUCCCGCACUUCUUCCGGGAGAUGGGCAUCGCGAACGUGCCGACGGCGGAGCGGUUCACGAGCAUCCUGCGCGACUGCGUGAGGGAGAGCAUGCAGAGGGGAUACUCGGUCUGGGGACUCUCGGCGACGACGACGCUGGCGCUGCGGCGCGAGGUGGAGCCGAACGUCGGGCUCUAUGGGGACUUUAAGGAGAGGGACCCGCCUGGGCCCCGGUAUCUGGCCGGUGUCACCUUUUUCCCAGGAAAGAAACAGCAGCCGCGAGGGACCGGCCGGUAA